GACGUGCACCAAAGCCUGAUAGCUCCUUACUCUCUUUAUUCUAUUUAAACCUUUCAACAAGUAUUUUUCUUGAGGCAGUAUGGGCACAUGCAAAGAGGAAAUAAGAAAAACUUCAAAGGAUAAGGGCCAUACACGCACUCUGGCAUUAAUGGUGACAUCCACAGCUAUUGGAGGAACACUUCAAUAUGGAUACAACCUGGCCAUAAUGAAUGCACCGACUGUUUACAUUCAAAACUUCCUCAAUGAGACAUUUCUGGAACGAUGGGGAAUGCAGUUAGAGGUUUAUGAGAUAACACUGAUAUGGACUUUUAUAGUUUCCAUCUUCUCAUUGGGCGGUUUUAUUGGGGCCUUGGUAGCAGGGCCAAUGUCUAUCCGUUUCGGGAGGAAGAAGACUAUGUUGCUGAACAAUAUUUUCUUAAUGUCAAGUUCACUACUAGCAUUGCUGAGCCGAACUGCCAAGUCUUUUGAGAUGAUUAUCAUGUCCAGAUUUCUGGUUGGCAUAAAUGCAGGCAUUAGUAUGAAUGUACAGCCCAUGUAUUUUGGUGAGAGUGCUCCAAAGCACUUAAGAGGUGCUGUGUCCCUCUCCUCAGCUGUCUUCACCUCAUUUGGUGUGGUGUUGGGACAGGUGGUAGGUUUGAGGGAGCUGUUAGGUAAUGAGCCAUGUUGGCAAUACUUAUUGGCCAGUAAUGCUAUCCCAGGCUUUAUUCAACUCCUCACCUUGCCCUGGUUUCCAGAGAGUCCCCGCUACCUCCUCAUUGACUGUUGGGAUAAAGAGGCCUGCUUGCAGGCACUGCGGCGUCUACGUGGCUGUGAUGUGCAGAGAGAAGAGCUGGACGAAAUUCUGCAGGAACAGGAUGAAACCAAGGGAGAACGAGCCAAACAGCCAUGGGAACUUCUUACUGACCGCAGCCUUCGCUGGCAGCUCAUUUCUGUGGCAGUCCUGAGCAGUGCCAUGCAACUGUGUGGCAAUGAUUCGAUUUACUUCUAUGCAUCGUAUGUAUUCCAAGAAGCAGGUAUUUCUGCCGGAAUGAUCCCGUAUGUGACCAUUGGUACUGGCAUGUGUGAAUUCACCGCCUGCAUUCUGUGUAACUUGUUGAUUGAAAGGAUCGGUAGGAAGCUGAUGUUAAUGGGCGGCUAUGUUCUCAUGACAGGAUGGGCUAUAGUCUUUACUGUGGCUCUUUCGCUUGAGAAUAUCAUUCACUGGAUGCCCUACUUGAGCAUGGCUUGUGUCUUCACCUAUAUUCUCAGCUUUGGCAUGGGACCAGCUGGGGUGACUGUAAUCCUCCCUACGGAGAUUUUUAACCAGACAGCACGUCCUGCUGCCUACAUGAUUGCUGGUUCUUUAAUGUGGCUGAACCUCUUCACUAUUGGGAUGAUCUUCCCAUUUCUUGUGAGUGGUCUAGGACAGUAUUGCUUUGUGCCAUUUGGGGCUGUAUGCCUCCUAUCUGCUUUGUAUAUUCAGUUGGUUCUACCAGAAACUAAAGGAAAGACCCUACCGAUGAUCACUAAAGAGUUUUACCUGCUCAACUACCAUGAACAGAAGAUGGAUCCAGAGCGAAAACAAGCGCAUUACCAAUUAGGGGAAAUCUGUCAUUCCACUGCCUUAUAGAAAUGGCUUGUCUAGUGCGUUAAAUAUUUUCAUCAGCUAAAUUAAAGUUUUUAGGGGAAAAAAUGCCUUAGUUGUUCUUCACUCACAUUACCUGCCUAUUAAAUAUUAUUUUCCACAUAAGACCUUUACCUGGUUGAUUUUUCUCUUUGUAAAUCUUUUUGUAGAUUUGUCAGCACAUUUGAUACAGCAGAUUAGUUCAGAUUAUACUGAAGUAGGCUGAUUUAAAAGCAACAUGCUAUUAGUGUGCAAAUACUAAAGCCCGGUAGGUCAAUGUGACUCAGCAACACUUUUUCCUGUAACCCUAUUGCUUUGCUAUGGCAACAGAGAGCUAAGCAUGUGGUUCUGACUGGUUUUUAGAACAGAUUAAGAAAGCUAUGCUCCAAAACCUAUUGUUGCUUAUUGCUGCAUGACUGUCUGAACAAAUAGGCAAACAUUUUUAGAAAAGUCUUGGCUACUUAUUAUCAGAAGACCUCAAACUAUUGUGGCUGCAGAUUUACCUAACAGAUGCCGAGUGUUAAGUUAUACAGUAGUUUCUGUAUUAUGUAGAUACUGAACUGUAUUGAUAAAGGCCUAGAUGGGAAAAUUAAAAAUGUUAAUUCAGUCGAAAACACUUAAAUACCAAAUAUAGAUUUAUGACCAUAGUGAAUUGUAUUAGCUUAUGGAUUUUCAAAGAUCACUUCCAGUAUUAAAAUUAAUAGAAGUGCGGGACAUUCUAACCUCGAUUUCCUAAAACCUUUUUAUAUAUUAUUAUUAUUAUUAUUAUUAAUAAGAAAAAGUAAACAAAACGUUUCACAAAUAUUGUAAUCUGGCCUUGUUUUAUAAACUUUUAUUUUUUUAUGUUGAUUAUUUUAAAACCUCACCAAAAUGUUCCACAACCCUUUGCAGUUUGGUCUAGUUUUUGUCUGGUAAAAAUGUUCAGAUUGAUUUUGCUGCAGUUUUUAUAUGGUGUCAACCACAAACAACACAUUAAGUACUAUAAUAAGAGCACUCGAUUCACUUGUAUGUCCUGAUUUUUUGCCAUGUUCAUCUGGUCACCCUAGUUGUAAUGAAACCACCAUAUCAAAAGUUGGCAUCAAAUGAGCUAAAUCUUGUAUCAAAAAUCCAGCACCCAGUAAUUAAAUAAAAUAAGGUCAUUAAAAAAAAUUGAGUUCCUUGCAUCUGUUUGUUUGAAUUAAAUUUUGCAAAGUGAAUACACAUUCCCCCUCUAAACACCAUACAUAAUGUUUUUUAAUAUAACAUUCAAAAUCUGCUUUUCCUUUCAACAACUGAGAUGUUUAUGUUUCAUGCUUAUAAUUCAUAUUAUAAGCUUAUGUAUACAUUUACAUAUCUAGAAACUAUUGGCCAGUUAAUAAAUACAAAAGUAGAAUAAGCAGAGCUUUGUAAAUAACCAUGGACUGAAAUGUAAUACACUGCUUGAUUUAAAAUGAGAAGAUUCAUGUAGGUGUGAGCUUAGUUUUUGGGAAGGCCAAUGAGCUACCCCACUUUUGGAACUGGUGCGAUAUGAGAUACGGUUUUGGUUAUACAGUUACCUAAUGCCUUUGUAGCCAUUAACUGACUUUAUUUGAAAGCUGGCUUUGAAUACACAGUAGUUACAUGACCUAUCCUAAUUUUCAUGCUCAUUGUGAAGUUGUGUUCAGUAUUAGGAAUACUGAGAAGAAUCAGCAAUACUGCUUUUGAUCUUAGUUUUGACCUUCUUCCCAAAUCAUUCUCACUUAUAUAAAUCAUUUUCAAAUAAACAUAUACAAUGUUGUACAUCAUGUUACUGGAUAGUUUUUUCCAGCUGUAAAAAUGUAAUAAUGAAAAAUGUGUUUUUACUGUAGGUUGCCAGAAGUACAUUGUUUAAAAAAAAAUAAAUAAAAAAUUUAAAGGUGCACUUA